CACGAGGCGUAUCAUAUGUGUUUUUCCUCUUCUUAACAAAACAGGGCAAACACAACUGUGAGGCUGCAGAGAUUGCUCAGGCAAAAGCCGAGCAGAGGGCCCGUAAGACACCUCGAUGCCGGCCACAGUUAUCUCAUCGACGCGAGGCGACCCUGCAAAUGCGAACAAUAAGCCCCGACCUGAAAGGCUCCGCGUUUGGGAUGAUUCCCCAGCACGUCAAGAAGCGAUUUGGGAUGAUAUCAUGGGAUCAGGAUUUGCUCGGAGCGGCACUUCACUGCACAUACUAGGAGAGUCUGGGGAAGCCAUACAGAGGUGGGUGUUGAGUUCUGAGCUCGACCUGCAUCUCUUUCAGCGAUCCACCGUCGUCUUUGACUGUUAAAUUUCUUCGACAGAAUCACGCUAAUACCCUGAGUCCCGCCUUUAAAGCCGCGCAGAAAUUAUCCGAGCCUCCCGUCCACGCGGCGACCGAUUUUGCAACACCAGCACCCAGAGUGCAAAGAACCGUGUCGCCGCCUUCAUCAUCGAAUACAAGGCACUACACAAGCUUCUGCUCGGUCAUGUUUACGAAGGGCUGGACGAUAUGGAGCUCGAGGACGUGGUUUGUUGUCGCAAGGCUGAGAGCCCGAGAGACCACUUUCGGCGCUUGAUGGCGGUUAGGGAUGGGCUGGAGUUUGGUUGCGUGUGCACCGGCGAAGCGUUCAUCUUUUUACGGGUGUGCUGGGACGAUCCUAGGACGGUCUAUCCUUAAGGGUGAUGUUGGGACAACCACAGGAUGGGCAUUAGACUCAAGUGAUUCGAAUCGUCUGCAUUUGACAGCUGUUGGGCAAAUGUUGGUCUUCACUCUUCAGGCA